CGCUUUCUCUGCAGCACCAGCAGCUGUCUUCCGACAUAUUAUUUUGUUGUCGUGUUGCUGUGUUGGCUUCUUGCUAUCACGAUAAACGAAACAUAAGUGUAACAUUUAAGUAGUACACGAUAAUAUAUUUGUAUUUAUGAUAACACUAUUCUCCUAGAGAGAGUAGGGCUGUUCGAAAGUGUGCAUUUUGAAUAUUAUAAAACAUUGUAGUCCUACUUUUUAGGAUAGUCUUCCAAAUUGUUCAUUGGUGAUUGGUCCACUUUCGAAUAUAUCAAAUAUCCACCGCUCAGAAGAACAACUGGGUAUUUGUUAAACUCAAGUAAAGUUUAUUUUAUAUUUCUAACUCAGCAAUGUUUGCCCGUGUCACAUUUUAUCCAACCCUUUUAUACAAUGUAUUUAUGGAAAAGGUAACACAGCGCAACUGGUAUGAUCGAAUUGAUGAAAAUGUUAUAUUGGGAGCACUUCCUUUCAGAAAUAUAAGUCAAAAAUUAAUUGAUGAGGAAAAUGUCAGAUGUGUGAUAUCAAUGAACGAAUCAUAUGAGCUGGAACAUUUCACACCUCAACCAGAGGAAUGGAAAAAAAUGGGAGUAGAGCAUUGUCAGCUGAGUACAAAAGAUAUUUUUGAGACUCCAUCCCAUGAAAAAUUAAUUCAAGGCGUUUCAGUGAUGGAAUCAGUUUCAAAAGAUGGUAAAACUGUGUAUGUACAUUGCAAGGCAGGCCGUACUCGUAGUGCCACUCUUGUGGGAUGUUAUUUGAUGUCUAAACAUAAUUGGACUCCUGAACAGGCAAUUGAAAAUAUUGUAUCCAAGCGACCUCAUAUUUGGUUAAGAAAUCAACAAUUAGAGAGUCUCAAAAAGUAUUAUGAUGCUGUGGUAAAAGAAAAAUUUAAUGCUUUCAAAAUGGAUAGUAAUUAAAACAUCUACUCGCUAUGACCAAUAACAAUCAUUUUACUCGUUUUAGAAUAUUAACAUUUCGAGUAAUUAACAACAUAUCUUCAUAACCACGGACAUCACUAACAUUAGAAUUUAUAAGAGUAUUAUAUAAUAAUAAACAUUUCGGGAUUCAACUAGUAAUUGUAAUUCUAAAUGUACCUUGAAUUUUAUUGCGUUGCUCAAUCCUUCAUUGCAUCUCUUGUUUUCCAAAAGAUUUUAAUAUGAUUAUUUUUAGUACCUAUUAUUAUUACUAUCACUAUAACUAUUAAUUUAUAUAAUUCCUUUAAAGGUGAAGUGUUUAUAUUUU